CGCUAUUUGAGCGCGUCGACGUGCGCGCGGUCAUUGACGAUUAUCCGUGUCUUGUGUCAGUGAAUUUGAAUUUAGAAGUGCUUUUUCUCUUCCGGUGCGAUCUGCCUUCGAUUUCCAUCUCAAGACAAUCGCCUACAGCUAAAACUGAAUCAUACUUCAUUGGAAGCCCAGCCAUAUAAGAGCUACCACCAUGAGCUGUUCCGGAUUAUUGGUCAAGUUGCUACUCGUCAGCCUCAUUCUUCACACGCACAGUGCACCAUCAAGAAGAUCACGAGAUGCCAAACUACCAGAAGAAUCUACCACUAGUCGGCAAAGCAAGUUGCAAGAGAAAUUCAAAGAAACUACCACAACCACAGAACCUUCACCCACAAACAGACGCAACAAAGCAUUAAACCUAUUUGGCUACUUCCCAUCUUACUUAUCAUCAGGUCUAGAUUACAGCGAAGAUGAUGAUGAUGACGUAACCUUCUCCGUCAAUGACGACAACUUCGAUGAUGACGACUUAUCCCGUACAAUUCCCUCAAGACGCCGACAGCAGAAUAAGAAGAAGAACGGCAAUGGCGAAACCUUCGCGAAUGAUAAUAUAAACUCCCUGCAAUAUGAUAACUCACCCAUUUUCUAUAUAAGACUCCCUCCUACCCCGUAUAUGUUCGUUCCAGGAUUAGGAUACGUAUCUCAGCCACCGAGCAUUGGACCACCAAUGCCGCCAAUGAUGCCACAACCAAUGCCAGCUCAAGAUCCUUUCAUCAAUCUGCCUUUAGAUUUUGUUUCUAACGGAAAACCAACCGGCGUUUAUCAAUGGGGUGGCGCACCUCAAUUUCCACAAAUGCCACAGAUGCCAAUGGAUCCUUAUGGUUUCGGACAGCCAAUGAUGCCUCAACCUUCACGCCCGAACUAUAAUCCCUCUUAUUCAAAGCCCAAACCAACUAACUCUAAGAUCACGAACUUGAAGGGGUCGUAUGUAUUCAAUGGAAAGCCCAGUGAUAGUGUCUACGUGCUACGAGACACAUAUAACUCUAUUUAUUCUGAUGCUCUGCAGAAUUUCUAUCCUUAGAUUUAGUGUUAGUUACGUGAAGCUUAAUGGCUCGUAUCGAGCCCACGUCCGUUUCAAUUUUAUGUGCACUAAUGAUGUAUACCUAAUUGGAAGAUGUUAUUUAUGGCAAGGUUAAAGCAUAAUUCAUGAAGAAGGCUUAUCUAUAAGUUUACUGUCAAAUUGCGUGUAUGAAAUGGGAACGUUCUGGUGUGCUGACCGUCGGAGUUUAAUGCAAAUAUUAUUUAAGUAGCCGUGCAAAAUACUCCUUAAAGAAAAUAUACAAAGACCCCAAUACUAUUCACGACAAUCCAAAGUAAACUUGAAUCAAUAAAGUGGUAAUGUCCAAAACGUUUGCCCACAUUUAUAAUUUGUAUUUCGAAAAGUUGUUUAAUAUAAACGCGUAUGAAUAAUUAAAUAUAUCUAUAUUAUUAAAACUCCUCUGAAGUUAAAUUUUGUCACCUAGAACGCAUUAAUUUGUACUCGUAGAUUAGUAUUGAUAAGUACAAUAAAUUACCUAUAGAAACAUAAUAAAAUAUUAUUCGCAUAUGAAAAAGUUUUAACUACAAAACUCUUAUUUGUAAUUUUGUCCACGAAAGUAGAACCUAUAAUUCUAAAUCUAAUCUAAAAUUGAACACUUAAAGUUUUUAUAUAAAAAUGUACCGAUUGCUACGAUGUUUGACCUUUGCAUUUUCGUUUUGUGAUAAUUGAGAUUGUAUAGAUAUAAUUUCUCUUUUUUACACUUACAUAUAUUUUUACAUACAUAUAUUUUUAUUAGUCCAAGGUCUCCUUAAAAUUACAAGUAACUAACGAUGUUAAUUCAUUUAGGUACUUUAAGUGGAGUCAUAAAAUUUAAUAUAAGUUCUUUUAUUUGUUAAUUUAGAUUAUAGGUAGUAUUGUUAUGAUUUUAAUAACGUACUUUAUUUAUUUUUUUAUUAUAAGUUAGGUACAAAUAAAUGCUCAAAUUAAAAAUAUCCGUCCACAAAUGCUUAAAUAGAUUAAUUGUAUUGUAUCUUAAGAUAUAUAUCUACGGUCAAUUUUUAUACGAAGCGACGAGUAUAAAAUCUUUUGGUGUUUAAGAAAUUUGUAAAAUAAGUUCAUACAAUGUAACAAAUAGGUAGUCGAGAAUAAAAAUGAAUUAGUGAUUUAGUUUUAAUUAUUAAUAAUUAUUAAGGAUAUUAUUAUACGCUAAGGAAAAAUUAUUUAUGAUAUUAAUAAAUAAAGUAUUUCGAUAU